GUCAUCACACUUGUCAUUGUCAUACCUGACUGACUUACCCUUUGCUUUUUAGGUUAGGUCAAUAAAUUAAAUGUUCUGAUUUCGAAGUAUUUUUUUCGUGAUUUACUAGCUUGAAAAAUGAGUGAUAUAUUGAAGGAUAGUCGUUUCGCAAAGUAUCUAAAUGACCCACGAUAUAGACAAAUACCAAAACAUGAGAGGAAGGUCAAGAUAGAUAAAAGAUUUCAAUCUAUGUUCAGUGAUGAGAAGUUUAAAGUUAAAUAUACAGUGGACAAACGAGGACGGCCGGUGAACGAAACAUCUACUGAAAAUUUACGUAAAUAUUACGAUUUAGAUGAAUCUGAUGAGAGUACUGAUGAGGAACCGGCAACUAAUAAUGAUGCUGAAACAAAAGAACAAGAAACAACGAGUAUUCCCGAAGAAGACAACGACAUAGAAGCAGGUCGUUUCGUCAAACGUUUGCCCAGUGAGGACGAAGGGAAAGAAGAAGAAAAAGCACUUACUAAUUUUAAAAAUGAUAAAUUAAUCAGAGGAAGUUUGGACAUUAAAACUAAGAGACGUUUGUUAGACUUAGAUAUUGACUAUGCUCGUGGAGAAGGGGUGCUCCUAACAGACUCUUCUAGUGAGGAAGAGGACAGUGAGAGUGAGGAGGAAAGUGACUUGGAACAUGAGUGGGGAGAACUUGAUGCUGAUGCAGAAACCACUGAUGAAUCUACUAGAAGGAUAGCUGUCUGCAAUAUGGACUGGGACAAUAUAAAAGCGACAGAUUUAAUGGUUCUUCUCAGUUCUUUCUUGCCUCCUGGAGGUGUUAUACAUCAUAUAACUGUAUAUCCAUCAGAAUAUGGUCUAAAAAGAAUGCAAGAAGAGGAUAUAAGGGGCCCUAUCGAGCUCACGGAAGAUAAAACAGAUGAGUGUGAUCUUUCUGAUAAUGGUGGAAAUGAAGAAGGUUCCACAUACCAUAUGGAGAAGCUCCGUAGAUAUCAACUGAAUAGGUUGAAGUAUUUCUAUGCUGUCGUGGAAUGCGAUACUGUGGCGACUGCAGACAAGUUGUACAGUGAAUGUGAUGGCAUGGAGUAUGAGAGCAGUGCUACCAAAUUGGACAUGAGGUUCAUACCUGAUGACGUCACCUUUGACCAGGAACCUCGUGAAACAUGCACCAAACUGCCAGAUCUAACUAAAUACAAGCCACGAUUAUUUACAACUACAGCACUGCAGCAAGCCAAGGUGGAUCUUACUUGGGAUGCCACCAAUCCAAAACGUGCAGAAUUGAUUAAAGGUGCCCUUGAUGGAAAAAUUGAUGAUCUAGAUUUGAAAGAAUAUUUAGCUUCCAGCAGUGACGACAGUGCAGAAGAAGAACCCAAAUCUGAUAUUGAAGAUGAAAAUGAAGAUCCAAUACAGAAGUACAAGAUGUUGCUAGAUGAUAUUGAGACUAAAGAGCAGAAGAAACAGAACAAAGAUAUGGAAAUGGAAAUCACCUGGGGGUUGGGGGUUAAAGACAAGGCUGAAGAACUAGUUAAGAAAAAGAUUAAUGAAGAUGACAAGGAUUUAACUCCAUUCGAAAAACUAUUACAAAAAAGAAAAGAGAAAAAGAAACAGAGAAAACUAAAUAAUAAACAAAAGACAGACGACACAAAAUCAGAUUCUGAUGGAAGCUCGUCUGACGAAAUACCUUCAGACGUCGACAUGAGCGACCCAUAUUUUGCUGAAGAGUUUAACAAACCCGACUUCAAGAAUAAGAAAUUAAAAGCGAAAAGGCAAUCUCUAAAAGAAGACGAGGAUUCAGCAGAUAAGGAAAGAAGAAAGGCGGAAUUGGAACUCUUAAUAGACAAAGAUGAAGCUAAAGAGCACUUCAGUCUUAAGAAAAUACAAGAGGCAGAGAAUAUUAAUAAGAAAUCUAAGAGGAAAAGGAAACUCAAAGAGAAAAUCAAAGAGCAGAAGGAAGCAGUUCCAGAUUUCGAAAUAAAUUUGGACGAUCGCAGGUUCGCGGCGUUGUAUGAUUCACACCUAUUCAACAUUGAUCCUACCGACCCCAACUUUAAGAAAACAAAGAAUAUGGAAAAACUUAUUCAUGAGAAACUGAAAAGAAGACCAAAAGACGACCCUGUGCCUGAAGUUAAAACAAAGAAAUCAAAGGAAGACGCAGAAUUGAAUGUUUUAGUAAAAAAUAUUAAGCGGAAAACAAAGGAUGUAUUAAAGAAAUAAAAUUAU